CUUUUACUUGCUGCAUUUUAGAUUCCGGUUCGAGUUAAGAAAGUGAGAAUUUGCAUCUCCUCUAUGCAUGGCUUCCUCCUCAUUCUCAAAAUCUAGAACCCUGGUUCCUUAUCUGCUAAGCACAAGACUCGCUAUUCAUCAGUCUUCACAUUUCUUGGCUCUAAUUCCAUCCUCAAAAAAUCUCUUUGGGUUCAUUCCGCCGCCUGGUGGUGGUGGUUCUCUUCUUACCCUUCUUACCUCUCGCCGUUUUAUUCAAUCAAUCCCAGCUGAACCCGCAGCUCACGUUUCUCAUGAUCUUCCGCAGGUCCUCGAUUUCCCUGGAGGGAAGGUUGAAUUCACCCACCAAAUGAAAUUCAUUUCUGAAACCAUAGAUGAAAGGAUUCACUGCUACCGCGUGCUCAAUGAUGAGGGUCUCCCUCUGUCCAUCAAUUUUCUGAAGAUUGACAAGAAGGUUGCUCAGAAAAUAUAUACCGACAUGGUCACUCUUCAAACAAUGGAUACCAUUUUCUAUGAAGCACAAAGACAAGGAAGGAUAUCAUUCUACGUCACUACUAUUGGAGAAGAGGCCAUCAACAUUGCAUCAGCAGCAGCACUACGCAUGGAUGAUGUCAUCUUUCCUCAGUAUAGGGAGCCUGGAGUGUUGUUAUGGAGGGGAUUCACCCUACAGGAAUUUGCAAAUCAGUGCUUUGGAAAUAAAUAUGAUAAUGGGAAAGGCAGGCAGAUGCCUAUCCAUUAUGGAUCUAACAAGCUCAAUUACUUCACUGUCUCAUCAACUGUCGCUACACAAAUUCCUCAUGCGGUUGGCGCUGCAUAUUCUUUGAAGAUGGAUGGACAGGAUGCAUGUGCUGUCGUAUAUUUUGGAGAUGGAGGCUCCAGUACGGGUGAUUUCCAUGCUGCACUAAACUUUGCGGGGGUGAUGGAGGUGCCCGUGAUCUUCUUUUGCAGGAACAAUGGUUGGGCAAUAAGUACACCUGUUAGAGACCAGUUCCGAAGUGAUGGAGUUGUGAGCAGGGGCAAAGCAUAUGGAGUUCGCAGCAUUCGUGUUGAUGGAAAUGAUGCUCUUGCCAUCUUCAAUGCUGUUAGUGCAGCUCGUGAGAUUGCUGUUAAGGAGCAUAAGCCUGUUCUCAUUGAGGCGCUCACAUACAGAGCGGGACAUCACUCCACUUCAGAUGACUCCACAAAAUAUCGUUCAUCUGAUGAGAUUGAAUUGUGGAAAAGGGUUCAGGAUCCUGUGACAAGGUUUAGGAAGUGGAUUCAAAGAGAAGGUUGGUGGGACUCUGCAGCGGAAUCUCAACUUCAAACCAGUAUAAGGAAGCAGGUCUUAUAUGCAAUUCAAGUGGCAGAGAAGGCGGAGAAACCUCCGAUUACUGAAGUUUUCACAGAUGUAUAUGAUGUCCCCCCUGCCAACCUCCUUGAGCAAGAGAUUUCACUUAGAGACACCAUCAGAAGGCACCCUCAUGACUACUCUUCUGAUGUUCCUUUCUAGGCUCAACCUGUGAAUGCUUACUUUUCACUUUCAUUUUCAAG